AUGUACACUUCUAGCGUCGGAGACGAUGACCAAAACUUGAAAUCCGGAGCCUUCUCAUUGACCGGAACAGGCUUUCUCGGUGCUGUUGGCCGGAGCCUAGACUUAGGAGGCCAAAGUGCUUUGGCAUUACGACUUCUCUUAGCGGUUUUCUCUUCCAAAUUAUCUUCUGUCGCUGACCGUCCUUUCGGUGAUGAGUUUCGUGCUGCUCGCAAAGCGUCUGAGGAAGUUGGUGCGCAGCUGGUUCUUGGAGACAGACCAAUCGAAAUAACACUUCAAAGGGCUUGGAGCUCUUUGAAAUGGGCAGAGAAGGUUAACCUGGUGAUGGCUGUGACUCGUGCAAUCGCGUCUUCCUCCUCUAUAUCCGCCGCCGAGCUUAAGGAACAAGAGACUGAGGAAAGCAAUGGAAGCUUGCAGCUUUACGAACGGCUAAGCUUCUCAUACCCAUCUCUCCUACAGCCACUCAUACACGAAAGAGACACGUAUCUUGCUUGGUCGUUAAAGAGGAGUAAGGCGGUGAAUGGGUGUAAAACGGUGGUUGGUGUGAUCGGAAAAGGACACAUGAAUGGUGUGAUCUAUGCGUUGGUGUCGGAUUCCGGUGAUCUCCGGUUUAAAGAUUUGGUGGGAAGAGGAGAUUCAUCUGAUACUACGUCGAACGGCUGGAUUCAAAUGGCUUUAAAGAGCCUAGCAAGAGACACAGUUUUAGGGCUUUUGUUAUGGGUGUUGUAUGAUCAGUAUCUCAAGUUUGCGAUGAUGACCCAAAACCCUUCUUGA